CAGGGCUCCGGACGGCCCCUCGCUGCCCCUGUCCUGUCCCUGUCCCAGCUCCUCACUUCCUCCUCGCUCUGUCUCGAGCAACAACCUUUUUCCACAGGCAUUUCCAGCCCGUAUACGGGGCCGUAGGGAUGCUGGGCACGGUCCCGUGUUUCGCCGUCCCGACCCACGUCCCCUGCUUCCACUUCCAGCCCCGCCGGGCCGGCAUGGACUGGCGUCGCUUCAGCGCCGUGGAUGUGGAGCGGGUGGCCCGGGAGGUGGACGUGGCCACUCUCCAGGAGCACAUCACCAGUGUCACCUUCUGCAACCUGGAUGGGGAGCAGUGCCCCCACUGCGGGCAGCCGGCGGACCCCGUGCUGCUGAAGGUGCUCAGGAUGGCCCAGCUGAGCAUCGAGUACCUGCUGCACUGUCAGGAGCACCUGGGGAACAGCCUGGCCACACAUGCCCAGCGCCUCCAAGCUACCCGUGCCGAGCUGGCCCGAGCCCAGGACCUGGCGUCGGAGCAGGCAGCGCAGCUCCGGGGAGCCAAGGAGGAGAACAGGAGUUGGAAGAAGCUGAUGGCCACCCAGCAGCUCCUCCUGCAAGCCAGCCCCAGCAGCUACUGCAAGUGCCACCUCUGUGACAAAGCCUUCAUGAGCGACGUCUUCCUGCGAGCCCAUGUGCAACGCCGGCACGCGGAGGCCACCGAGGCAGGCUUUGCAGAAAGGCAGAAGAUGAAGCGGAUGGAGCAAAUGGAGCAGGAGGUUGAGGAGCUGAAGGAGAAGCUGCGUGAGACACAGCAGCAGCUGGCAGCGGAGAGGGAGGCAGAGAAGCUGCACAGGGAGCAGGAAAAAGAGAGAGCUCACCAGCGAGAAGAGGAGGGCAGGAGAGAUUUGGAAAGGUGGAAAGAGGAGGAGAGGACGAAGCUGCGUGCAGAGAUGGAUGGCCUGAGACAGCUCUUCCUUGGGGAGCUGAAGGAUGUUGCCAGCAGGAGCAGUGCAAUGGAAGGGAAACUGCAGGAGCUGCAGGCCAGAGAGGCAGCGGUGUCCAGGCUGGGGACCCUGCAGGACGAUGACUCCGAGGAGAUGCGGUGGCAGACACCAAGCCAGACAGAGCAGGAGAGAACAGCAGUGCAGACCAAACUGCUGUCUGCAAACAAGCCUGAAGUGACCCGGCAGGUGACCAAAGUGCUGGCUGCUGAAGAAUCCUCAGAAGAAGACAGGGUGGAGGAUGCCCUGGGUGGGAGGCGGAGGCUGCUGGAAGCCCUGCGGAGAAACCCAAACCUCCUGAAGAAGUUUCGGCCCAUCCUGGAGGAAGCACUGGAGGAAAAGCUGGAGAGCAUGGGUGUCAAGAGGGUUGUGACGGGGAUCUCCACUCAGACCUACCAGCGCCUCCGGGCCGUGGUCAGGCUUCAGCAGCAGCAGAGGGCUGUGAAAUUUCCUGGUCUCCUCCACCUAAGGAGUGAGCUGAUCCAAGCGGUGAUGAAGAAAGUCAAGCAACGCAAGGAGCCUGGCAUUGCUGCCCCUCGACAGCUCUCCAUCAUCCCAGGGACAGCCAUGUCCACAAGGGAGAAGCCCAUGGAGAGACGCCUGGUUGCAACCACACGGAGACCAGCUGGUGGGGUCAGCUCCUCCCAGCCCUGAGUUCAACAUCUCCCAGAGCCACUGGGAAACUCCAGUGAGGAUGAAAUUCUUGCCUUUAUCUGGCAAAGUGAAAAAAAGAAGCGGAGAUUUCUUGGACAAUUUGCACGCCAUGCAAAUAGAGAGGGGGGGUCUCCUGCGUGGCAUCCUGAUGCAGCUGGGUUUUACCAUCUGCUCUAAUUUUGCAAAUACAGGAUGAGCAUCCUGCCCCGCUGCCCCCUUCACCCUCCCCAGGCUCAGUUUGCAGGUGACAGCAGCUACCUGGAGACCUCCUCCCUGGGGGCCUGGCCAAGCCACCAGCACUGGUGGCUGGUGACACGGGGGUGAGGGUCCCCGUUCGGCCAAGCCCUGUUUGAGGGACGCUUGGUGGUGGCAGGGAAAUUACAGUCCUCUGCCAGCAGCCACUGGAUGGUGCCACAAGACCAGGAACGAGCUGCAGCACAGCAUCCCGCCGUGCCAGGAGCUUUCAAGCAGCAUCCCCCGGGCCGGGGCCUCCUGCUCCCACCAGGCCCAGUGCCUGUGGCUGCUGUACCUAUUGAGAAGCCCAUAGAGCAGCAUGGGAGGGAGAGAAGGCAGCUCUCCUUGACCUUGUGUCCCUCUCUGCCUGCUCUCCUGAGUGUCUGAGGAAGCCCCUGGCCCAAGCACACGUGGGCAGAGGAGCAAGCUCCAGCUGUGGUUUCCUUCCUCCUUCCUUCUUGAGUGAGAACCCCGACCCAAAGGACGACCCUCUGCAGCAUCACCAAGUGAAGCUGUCUCUGCUUAUAAUGCUCAUU